AAACUCUGAUACGAGAUCGCCGUGCCUAGGGCUUUCUUUUUGGUGUCCUCUACCUCUCUCGGCUCUCGAGCUUGAAUCCUCUAAUCGCCAACACCGUUCGCAAAAAUUUCAGGUUUUGUUUUGGCUUGUAGGCGCCUUUCAAUUUCAUAAAACAUGGCGGAGAUACAAACAAAUGGAAGGGCGUAUGAGUCACUAUUGGAAAAGGUUCUUUCAAUGAACAUUCUUUCUUCUGACUAUUUCAAAGAGCUCUAUGGUUUAAAGACUUAUCAUGAGGUAAUUGAUGAAAUCUACAACCAAGUUAAUCAUGUGGAGCCGUGGAUGGGUGGAAACUGCCGUGGUCCUUCAUCAGCUUAUUGUCUUCUCUACAAAUUCUUUACCAUGAAACUUACAGUGAAGCAGAUGCAUGGGCUGUUGAAGCACACAGAUUCUCCUUAUAUUAGAGCGGUUGGAUUCCUUUAUUUAAGAUAUGUUGCAGAUUCAAAGACGUUGUGGACAUGGUAUGAACCAUACAUUAACGACGAUGAGGAGUUUUCACCAGGAUCAAAUGGACGGAUGACGACAAUGGGUGUUUAUAUACGUGAUUUGCUGCUUGGACUGUACUACUUUGAUACAUUGUUUCCUCGGAUACCUGUCCCUGUCAUGCGCCAGAUUGUAUCAAACCUGGAGAAGAUGAAUUUGCCAACUAAACCUUCUGGUUCAACGGGAGACAUGAGUCGUGGCUCUGAAGACACUGCCCGUCGUCCACCAUCAGUAAAAGCAUCUCUUUCUGUUUCAUUUGGUCAGCGUGCACCUCACCGCGCUUCCACCAGAGGGUCUUCUCCUGUUCGCCGUCCUCCACCGUCUGGUUAUGACAGAAAUGGAGGCGAUGAGCUACAACAGCGGUCCCCACGUAGGAGCCAGAGCCGAGACUAUUAUUCUGACAGAGACUCAGAUAGACAGCGGGAGAAAGACCGCGAAAGGGACAGAGAGAGAGACAGGGAGAGGGAGAGAGAUAGGGAAAGAGAUAGGGAGAGAGAUAGAUACAGAGAAAGGGAGAGGGAUUAUGGUAAUGAUAGGAGAUCAAGGCGUGACUAUGAAAGUAGAAGUAGACGCAGUGAUUACGAUGAUGAUAGAAGCAGACAUGACCGGAGAAGCAGGAGCAGAAGCCGAAGUAGGAGCAGGAGUGUGCAAAUCGAGCGUGAACCAACUCCAAGAAGAGAUAGUAUCAUCAACAAGGAGAAAGCUGUGACUGUGAACAGCAAUCUUGCAAAGCUAAAAGAUUUAUAUGGAGACGCUACUAGUAGUCAAAAAGGUGAUCAAGGAAUUGGAACAAGAAGGGAUUCGAGUUCAGAAGAAGUGAUUAAGCUUGGUGGUUCCUCUUGGAGGUGAAAAACUAAAAACAAAACUGUGGAUUUGAAAAUGCUUCCUUCUAUUUUGUAGGAUGAUGCAUCUUGUUUUUACACUGUACUGUUUUGAUUUCGAGCAAAACCAUUUGUUAUAUGCCUGAAGUUACAGUUUUAGAAUUGAUCUUUGUGCUGUGUCUUUUUAGCUCUUACAUAUUAUGUAUUAUUUCCCUUUAAAAUUAUUUGUUAUUUUUAAA